CACGAACGUAACACAAAUGAAACAGAACAACACAACGACGCCACAUAAACAGAUAUACAAUUUUAAACCAAAUUUCAAUUCUCCGGCGAACGAAACACAAUUUUCCGGCAACAAAUGUUGACCUCCGGCGACGGAGUCGACGAAUCGUAUCGCUCACUUCCGUCGCUAUAUUUAACCUUCUUAACGAUCUGGUUCGUCUCUGCUUGUUCCUGGACCGCUUAUACCUACAAAACCCGCCAUUUUCAGUGGAAUAAUUUGCAAUGGACACUUGCUUCGAUUCCGUUGAUUAAAGCAUUACAGCUCAUGUUGUCCUUCCUCUUCUGGUAUUCAUGCUUCAAUUUUCAGGCUUGCUCUUUGUGGAUGUCAUUUGGUGUAUAUGUAACUGGGGUGCUCUUUCAGACAGCUGCUUUCGUCUCCUUUUUGCUAAUUUCUCAUGGUUACUGCAUCAUGUGUGAGCGCCUUUCUUUAAAUGAACGCCGUUCAACUGCCGCAUUUGCAUGUGUCUUUUACUUGACUCUAGUUGGGUACAAGGCUUCUGUACCAUACUUCACUGUGCUUCUGCUUCUAAACUAUUUUAUUUCAUUCUAUGUAAUAUUCCACCAUAUAUCCCAAAACCUACUAGUUUUGCGAGAACAAUUGAGCAUUAUAGAAAAUGAAGAUGUUCGAGUAAUGCAUGAUGCUGUGUAUAAAAAGUACAUUAUGUUCAAGAAAUUUCAGGGUGCAAUGCAGAUGGUAGCUAUGGCAGAAACUGUGAUAUACAUAAACAUUUAUGACUCCUCAGAGAAUUACUGGCUUCGCUUACUGAUCAGAGAAUGGGCACAAUUUUGCAUCUUUGUGUACAUUGGAUGGAUUUUCAGAUCACAAGAUUUAGCACCAAACUUCUCUGUUAUGCCGGCCACAAAGCCUAAAGGGAUGACUCUGGUGCCUCCCAUCUACAGUAUUGAAAUGGAUGCAGCAACCUUUAAAGAGUUUAGUAGUCACGAAUGGCACAUUGGGUUGCCAACUUCUACUUCUCAUGAUGAAUGCUCCAAAAACGAAGUUCUGGUAAUCAUUCAGCAUCCUCGAGCACAAAGGCUAAGAAAGCUCGAUUCGUUUUCUGAUAGCACUGACUGCUUUGCUGUGCCAGAUCUCAAUACAAAUUCAUCUUCAUGCCAAACACAACAAAUACAGCUAGCAACAUGAUUAAUUAUACCAAAUUACUUGUUGUUGCCUUUUUCUCGCAGCUAGCAUACCGUCAAUUUUUUUUCUUCUUGGUUUAGAAAUCACUAGGUAAGGGAAAAAGAACACCUAAUUCCUGCAAUGGAAAAAUGGUGCAAAUUGGUCCAGUACAGCCAUCAUGGAUAGUAAAUUGAAGCCGUGUUGAAUCGCUCAUCAUGAAUUGAACAAAUGGAACUUAUAACCUUGACUCAAAAUACGAGGGAUUCAAUCUUCUAAACAACAUCAAUUUACUAACCUUACUAACUGUACUACUUUUUAACCACAGAGAAAGUCUUAAUUUAGUGCAAACCAGUGAGUUUUAGUUUGUCUAGCACAGUUUCAGAUUAUAGGCAGCUGCAAAUAUAUGUAUAAUGUAUCAAUACAUUAUCAAAGUAAUUAUUAGUGUGUAUAUUCUUAAUUUCAGUGUCGAUUACAUUCGACAUUUUAAAGAAUAAUCAUCUUAAAGCGUAUUAAAUUUUGAUCUUGUACUAGGAGUCUAGGACACAAUAAGCUUCUAUUGAUAGGGAAAGUUGGUCCACUUGCCUAACUUUCUCAAAUUGGGACAGCUAUGUUGAAAAUUGACUUUGUUUUUUUCUCUUCUGCAUUGAUAACUUUCAACAAGUCAACCUACUAAAAUUGGUAUUUUAAAACAAGACUACAAUGCUGACUCGUUGAACAAGAAUGGCACUAAAAACUUUGAAGCAUAAAGGAGGUUUAACAAAAAACUUUAGAAUAAGAUUAAUACUAUUGGUUAGUUAGAGAUGAUGGGGGAAUAAAUAACACUACCGUUUUACAUAUGAAAAUUGUCCUAUAAGCUUAGUUGUGGGGACAUUGGGAUAUCGCAUAUAUUAUGUAGGGGUUAGAGUUCAAAUCCCGAACACUCAACUUAAGACCAAUGUUUUAAGAACCGGACCGGACCGGCCGGUUCAACCGGUUCAACCGGGAACCGGACACAGCAGCGGUCCGGACUAGUGCUGAGAACCGGUAGUUUGCAGAACCGGA